GGGGGGCCAGGUGACGGGGCGAAAUCCUGCUGCCUUCCCGCGGGAACGUCACGUCCCAUGGAUGUCCACGGGAACCAUCCCUUGCUCUGCAAGUGUCACAACCGCUUCGGCGAAAUGGAAUCAGAGCCAUGAGAAGCAUCUUGAUAUUCGAUAUUUUCCAUGCGAUCUGUUACUCCGUCGGAAGCCUUUAAAUAUGCUGCGUAUACCCGAAGUUUCAGGGUGACUGAGCAUCUUCAACAAGCCUUCACCAACCUGCCACACCCAUAGAUGAACGCCAGCAAGCGAAUCUUCCAAGAAAGACUUGGUCGCCACUAUAUCCAGCUUCGUGGCCAUCAACUCCAUCUACAAUGACAAUCACUCCCAUUUCCUCAUCUGCCAGAAGGACUCGACGUUCAUUGCCAGCCGUCCUAAUGCGAGCUGGCACGUCAAAGGGCCUCUUCAUCCAUCGAGCGCAUCUCCCAUCGUCAGAGAAUGUAUGGGCUGCUCCCCUCCUGGCCGCAAUGGGUUCACGUUACAACGACACCCGCCAGAUCGAUGGCGUUGGCGGCGCAACAAGUGUCACAUCGAAGGUGGCAGUGGUAGCUCCUUCAAGUCGCCCUGGCGCUGAUGUCAACUAUACCUUUGUGCAGGUAGCCGUAGGGAAAGAAGCCAUCGACAUGAGCGGCAAUUGCGGAAACAUGUGUUCUGGUGUCGGGCCGUUCGCCGUCCAGGAAAAGCUCGUGGAGCCUCAGCUUGGCGCACGAACUGUGGAUGUACGGAUUUUCAAUACCAACACUUCAAGAAUCAUUGUCGAAACUGUACAGAUAGACGAAAAUGGUGAGCUCGAGGAGCACGGCAAUUGUAUCAUUCCUGUGGUCAGGGGUUCCGGCAGCGAAAUCAAGGUCGCGUUCGUUGAUCCGGCAGGGAGCAUGACGAACAAGCUUUUCCCCAGCGGAGUUCGCGCUGAGAAGAUCGUCGUUGACGACGUGGCAGGCCUGUCGCCUUUCUCGGUAGAUGUGACACUCAUCGACUCCGCAAAUCCAUUCGUCCUGGUAGAUGCCCAAACCACGGCGCCGCUUCUAAAAGGCCAACAGUAG